GAUGGGCACUUGCUAAACAAGAAAAAGAAAAUCUAAUAGUUAAAAUACCGCCACGACUCCUGUGACUUAGUUUUCUAAUAAAAUAAUUUCAUAUUCACAGAAUUGCAUUGAUACUAAACCACAACCAAAAUUUGUUCCUUAGAGACCCUCUAUUGUGGAAUAUACUUAAUAUGAUCCAACAAGUAUCUAUCUUUAUUAACUUUAGAUCCUCAUCGACAGUUUAAUGUGCUGAUAAAUGGAGUUCAUUUUGAAGUCAUAAAUUCAGUUGAAGAAGACAUUUUAGGAUAACUAGAUUGAU